UGGCCGGAGUGGCUGCAACGCUAGCGCCCCAAGGAGCGAUGCCGAGGGAAAUCAUCACUCUGCAGUUGGGCCAGUGCGGCAAUCAGAUCGGCUUCGAGUUCUGGAAGCAGCUGUGCGCCGAGCAUGGCAUCAGCCCCGAGGGCAUCGUGGAGGAGUUCGCCACCGAGGGCACCGACCGCAAGGACGUCUUCUUCUACCAGGCGGACGACGAGCACUACAUCCCGCGGGCGGUGCUGCUGGACCUGGAGCCGCGCGUGAUCCACUCCAUCCAGAACUCCGCCUACGCCAAGCUCUACAACCCCGAGAACAUCUACCUGUCCGAGCACGGCGGCGGUGCCGGCAACAACUGGGCCAGUGGGUUCUCCCAGGGGGAGAAGAUCCACGAGGACAUCUUUGACAUCAUCGACCGGGAGGCAGAUGGGAGUGACAGUCUGGAGGGCUUCGUGCUGUGUCACUCCAUCGCCGGGGGCACGGGCUCUGGCCUGGGCUCCUACCUCCUGGAGCGGCUGAACGACAGGUACCCCAAGAAGCUGGUGCAGACCUACUCGGUGUUCCCCAACCAGGACGAGAUGAGCGACGUGGUGGUGCAGCCCUACAACUCCCUCCUCACGCUCAAGCGGCUGACGCAGAACGCGGACUGUGUGGUCGUGCUGGACAACACAGCCCUCAACCAGAUCGCCACAGACCGCCUGCACAUCCAGAACCCGUCCUUCUCCCAGAUCAACCAGCUGGUGUCCACCAUCAUGUCGGCCAGCACCACCACCCUGCGCUACCCCGGCUACAUGAACAACGACCUCAUCGGCCUCAUCGCCUCCCUCAUCCCCACGCCGCGGCUGCACUUCCUCAUGACCGGCUACACGCCCCUCACCACGGACCAGUCGGUGGCCAGCGUGAGGAAGACCACGGUGCUGGACGUCAUGCGGCGGCUGCUGCAGCCCAAGAACGUGAUGGUGUCCACGGGCCGGGACCGCCAGACCAGCCACUGCUACAUCGCCAUCCUCAACAUCAUCCAGGGCGAGGUGGACCCCACACAGGUGCACAAGAGCCUGCAGAGGAUCCGGGAGCGCAAGCUGGCCAACUUCAUCCCCUGGGGCCCGGCCAGCAUCCAGGUGGCGCUGUCCAGGAAGUCCCCGUACCUGCCGUCCGCCCACCGGGUCAGCGGGCUCAUGAUGGCCAACCACACCAGCAUCUCCUCGCUCUUCGAGCGCACCUGCCGCCAGUUCGACAAGCUGCGGAAGCGGGAGGCCUUCAUGGAGCAGUUCCGCAAGGAGGACAUCUUCAAGGACAACUUCGACGAGAUGGACACAUCCCGCGAGAUCGUGCAGCAGCUGAUCGACGAGUACCACGCGGCCACGCGGCCCGACUACAUCUCCUGGGGCACCCAGGAGCAGUGAGCCAGACGCCACCCGCCUGUCUGCCUUACCCGUGGGCACAGGCCCUGCCUGGCCGAGCCCUCAGCACAGGUCAGGGACCUCACAG